AUUGAAAACCAGGACAGAUUUGUGCUCAGUGAAUUGGGUGAUGUUUUUAGUAUAGAGCAGAACAGAAUUCCUAGGACUGUGUGUGAUGAAGUGCAAGGUCAAAAGGAAAAGACAGAAAAAGCAUGUUUUAAAGAUGAGAAGUAUUUGGAUACCUGUGACUGUCUGUCUAUACUGUAAGGUGCUUAAUCAGCAACUCCAUCUUUUAGUUUUAAAGGAAAAGUAGCCCUAAAGUCAGUAUAACUAAGGGUGGAAUGAGGUGGGACAAGGUCCAGAAUUACUGCUCAGUGAUGUGUGUGUGUGUGCUGCCUGCUGGUGGAGCUGGGACUGCCCAUCUCAGAAGGAUGGGGAUGCUUGAUUUCCAGGCCAGGUUGUCCCAGCACAGUGGGGACUGGCCCUGUUAUAUGAGAAGACAGCACAUGGUGGCAGAGAUAGACACUAAGCCAUGGACUUUCCAAGGGAGGGAGUAGGUCUUUGGAGGGUAUGCAGGACAAAGGUAGACACUGGAUAAAGAACCAGAUAGUGCCCAGAUAUUACCCCGUCUGGGCCAUUGCUCCCACACUCAGGAACCAGACGUUGUGGGUGAGGACAUGCUGUCCCUCCUGCCAAGUUAAUAACUUCCUUCCCAACCAGGAUCCUGCCCCAAGCAGGAAUAUAGCUCUGCAUUUACAGCAGCUCCUCAGACCUUGUCAAAACCACCCUGCAACUCAGGAUUAAGGAGCGUGGUCACAGGAAGGUGGGGUUUCAGGGCAUCCCUCAGGAACUGCCCGUCUCCCCAGAAUUCCAUAAUGAAGGCCCAUAUACUCGUAGGUGUGCUGGUCAUGGUGGGCUUCACAGUGGGAAAGGUUCCUGUUCCCGACAUCCGGACCUGCCACUUCUGCCUCUUAGAAGACCCUUCUGUAGGAUGCAUUUCAGGCUCAGAGAAGUGUACCAUCAGCAGCUCAUCCCCAUGCAUGGUGAUCACCAUCUAUUAUGAUGUCAAGGUUCGCUUCAUCAUUCGAGGCUGUGGACAAUACUAUUCCUACCGCUGCCAAGAAAAACGCAACACCUACUUCGUAGAGUACUGGUAUCAGGCCCAGUGCUGCCAGUACGAUUAUUGCAACUCCUGGUCAAGCCCCCAACUCCAGAGCUUCCUGCCGGAGCCCCAUGACAGGCCCCUGGCCCUGCCUCUGUCUGACUCCCAGAUUCAGUGGUUCUACCAGGCCCUGAACCUCUCACUACCCGUCCCCAAUUUCCAUGCUGGGAAGGAGCCUGAUGGCCUGGACCCCGUGGUCACACUGCCCCUGAACCUGGGCUUGUCUUUUGCUGAGCUGCGCCGCAUGUACUUGUUCCUCAAUAGUUCAGGACUUUUGCUUCUUCCCCAGCCUGGACUCUGACACCUCACCCUUCCUGAAUUCCACUCUGUGCAAGUAUCUUUCUGUAACACCCUCAGCAUCCUGCACUGCCCUCUCUGAAAACACCCAUAUUCUUUGGUCACUGUGAUUUCUUAGGCCUCCCUCUGUUGUACCACUAGCAUCUAUAUGACUUUGGUGUAAUUUUCUCUCUCGAACUUUGGUGCCCUUUUUUUGUUUGUUUGAGACGGGGUCUCGCUCUGUCACCCAGGCUGGAGUGUAGUGGCAUGCUCUCUGCUCACU